AUGGAUCUUUUUGUAUAUGAAUUCGGCAGAAAUUUAUCAUGGAUAAGUAACAUUAGAGGUUCCUCCGCUUAGCUUAAACUCAAUAACAUCACAACUACAGCUUCUAAGGGAGCUCUAUUAAUUGACUUUGAUAAAAACUUUAAGGAGGACAUUUUGCAAUUAACUUAUGACAGGAGACGUAUCCUCAUGUUUUUCAAGCAGACCUCAUUCCAUAAGAUUACCUGGACAUCAUAAGUUCUAUUUGACGUUAAAAAUGCAACUUCUGAUCUGACACUUCUUGCAGGAGAAUUAGGUGAUAUGAGGAUAUCUUCUUUUAUUGUAGAUGAUUUGAACAACGAUGAAUUGCUAGAUUUAGUAAUAUCUCUAGACAUAUCUUAUGAUGAUGGUGGUGAAAAGACAGUCAUCUUGAGGGCAUUCUAGCAACCUGAUUAAACUUUUAGCAUUGAUAAAAUUGAUCCCGAAUGUGGCAAAUUCUUGUUAAUUGACACAGCUCCUGUAGAACAGAGAGACUAUAGAGAUAUAGUGAUCGUUACGAAGAGUCUAAAAGUAAAAUACCUAUUUAAUUUUAUGAAAAUUUAGAUAGCGUUAAUUAAGAAUUUUGACCCAAACUGGAUGUAUGUAGAGAUUACCCCAAACUUCAUCACUACCUAGCAAUAUUAUAUAAUGGAGAGAUUUAGCGGACCAAGUUUUCACGUUUACAUGGUAGAUUUUGACAAAGAUGGCUAUAUAGAUAUCGUGUUACCAAAUUUUUUGACAAACUAAUUAGUUUAUCUCAGGAAUCCAGGAAGUGCUUAUUGGAGAAAAAUAAGUUCUAUUGUUUAUCAAGCCAAUAAAUAGAAAUAAAUAAAUGACUUGAAGACUAUGGAGAAGUGGCAGCAAAUUCAUGUGGUAUAGAGUGCUUUUUCGGACUAGAUCAAGGAUUUCUUACUGAUUAAUAUUGACAGUGAGGAUAAACUAAUCCCUGUAAUUCUUUCAAAUAAUGCAAUAAAUCUAUUUUAUCCCUAUGAGAAAGUCUCGGCAGAUGGAAAGCACAAAAAUGUAACUUACAAAGAAAAGCGUAUCACCAUAGAUGGCAAAGUCAACAGUGAUAAACAAUUUACAAAUAUAUACGACGCUGAUGUCUAGAAUGACAAUGAAGUUAAUUUCAUCGUAUUCUCAAAUACUACUAAAUCAAUCUAUCUUAUUCAAAGGGAGAAGGCACGAGUUGGCUUCAAAUGGUCAUCAAACUUUUGGAUUUACAUUAUUAUCUUCAUCCAUGGUGGGGCUUUACUGCUUGGAAUUUUCCACUUCUCCUUGUUAUAGUAUAACACCAGUAAACUUAAGAUGACUGGCUCAUCAUCUUAGCCUGUAUUUGUAAGCUAAUUUAUCAUUUAAAUUCGUUAGAAUCAUCUUGAACUGGCUCAGAUUAACAGGGAAAUGGCAUAGUCAGGCUGGAAUAUGGAAUAGCUUCCUGGCAUCAAGACAAUACAAGAAGGAGUUGAGGCAAGUGAAUGGGAUCCCUCAGACCCCUCUAAGAAAAAGGUUAAAAAGAGUAGAAGAUAUUCAUUUGAGUAGAGAUCGAAUCAGAAGUCCAAUAAGCAAUCUCAAAGAGAUGGAUAAAAUCAAUAGCAAUAAUGA